AGUACUGGAAGUUCCUCGUUCAACUCUCCCACAAUCCACGGUGAAGGCAGGCAGAGCUUUUACACAGGAAAUACGCACCAUGGGCAUCGCAGCCUACCGCACCAGCUUCCUUUGCCUCUCCAUUGCCGUAGCUUUCCUCCUCCUUCCCCUCUGUGCCAAUGCAGAAAACCCCUUGACCAACGUCAACCUAAGCCCCUUCUGGGAGUGGAGAAGUGCAUACGACUGCAUGCAAAAUUUCUCGAAGAGCUGCGAGGGAAAAGACGUGCUGACGCUGGCGGGAGUGGUGGACGUGAACGACACGGAGGUGGGAGAGUACUGCAAGGAAGGAGGGUGCUGGAAACACACCACCGACGUUCUCUACUGCAUCUCGCUGGUGAAGAGGGACUUCUGGUUCUCAAACAAGGCCACCGUCUCCGCCCUCACCAACGCCAUCCACAGCGGCUGUCAUUCCAUGACCGGUUUCAGCACCGCCAACUACACGGUGGCCACCAGCGGCGCCACCGCUCGAUUCAUCGUCUCCCGCUCCAGCUACUACUAUCUGCCCCUCUUCAUCUCCAUGUUCUUAGUCGCCACCCAUCUCUUCUGAAACGAGAUCAUGAUCUCGUCAACUCAUAUGCAAAAUAAUAUCUAAUCUAGAAGUGUUUGUGCCAAAAAUAAUUUCACAACCGGAUUUGGAUAACUCAUCAGUCUCUCUGUUGUACUUCGGUAGCUGUUUAUCAUAAAUUUUUUUGAGUGUGUUAAGGAGUAAAAAAUUCAAAUGAUUGAU